AUGGCGAAGGAUCAACUUCAAGUGUUGAAUGCACUUGAUGUGGCAAAAACACAAUGGUACCAUUUCACAGCAAUUAUCGUUGCAGGAAUGGGAUUUUUCACCGAUGCCUAUGACUUGUUUUGUAUCUCUCUUGUAACCAAGCUACUUGGCCGUAUAUACUAUCAUGUCGAUGGUGCACUAAAGCCAGGAACCUUGCCGCCCAAUGUUUCCGCCGCAGUUAAUGGCGUAGCCUUCAUCGGAACACUUUCUGGCCAGCUCUUCUUUGGCUGGCUAGGUGACAAGCUCGGCAGAAAAAAAGUCUACGGCAUGACUCUGCUGCUUAUGGUGCUUUGCUCUGUCGCCUCUGGCCUAUCAUUCGGCCGGGAACCAAAGUCGGUUAUGACGACGCUUUGCUUUUUCCGGUUCUGGCUGGGAUUCGGUAUCGGAGGAGAUUAUCCGCUUUCUGCAACCAUUAUGUCGGAGUACGCAAACAAGAAAACUCGCGGUGCGUUUAUCGCCGCCGUCUUCGCAAUGCAGGGGUUUGGAAUCUUGGCCGGAGGCAUAUUUGCAAUCGUUACUUCAUCAAUAUUCAAGGCGAAAUUCGAUGCUCCUCCCUAUGAGGUUGAUCCAGUAGGUUCAACUGUUCCAGAAGCAGAUUUUGCGUGGAGAAUAAUUCUUAUGUUUGGGGCUCUUCCCGCUGCACUGACAUACUAUUGGAGGACGAAGAUGCCAGAAACCGCGCGUUACACGGCAUUGGUUGCAAAGAACAUGGAGCAGGCUGCAAAAGAUAUGUCUAGAGUUAUGCAAGUGGAACUCCAAGCAGAGGAGUUGAAGAAAGAGGAUCAAACUAAGGAUUUUGGCUUGUUAUCUAAGCAAUUCGCUGCACGCCAUGGUUUACAUUUGCUUGGAACAGCAAGUACGUGGUUCUUGCUUGAUGUUGCAUUUUACAGUCAGAAUCUGUUCCAGAAAGAUAUCUUCAGCGCAAUCGGUUGGAUUCCUCCUGCGAAAACCAUGAACGCAUUGGAAGAAGUUUUCAAGAUCGCGAGAGCUCAAACGCUUAUAGCUCUUUGCAGUACAAUUCCUGGAUACUGGUUUACAGUAGCAUUCAUUGAUAAGAUCGGAAGAUUCACCAUCCAAUUGGUUGGCUUCUUCUUCAUGACAGUGUUCAUGUUCGCCCUCGCAAUUCCUUAUGAGCACUGGACUCUGAAAGAGAAUCGCAUUGGAUUCGUGGUGUUGUAUUCGUUAACAUUCUUCUUCGCAAACUUUGGACCUAACUCAACCACUUUCGUCGUCCCUGCAGAGAUCUUCCCUGCAAGAUUCCGCUCUACAUGCCAUGGGAUUUCCUCGGCUUCCGGCAAGCUUGGUGCUAUGAUUGGUGCUUUUGGAUUCCUAUAUUUGGCUCAAAGUCCGGACAAGACCAAGACAGAUGCCGGUUAUCCUCCCGGUAUCGGUAUCAAGAAUUCCUUGCUAGUAUUAGGAGUUGUUAACAUUUUAGGGUUCUUGUUUACAUUUUUGGUGCCUGAGCCAAAAGGAAAAUCUUUGGAGGAGAUAUCAGGUGAGCAUGAGCAGGAAGAUGAACUUGAAAAUAAAGUAUAA